AAGGUCUAACAUUAGCAAACGUUAGGCACCGAUGCAACGUUUAUUUAUCUCCAAAGGCUCUGAUUUGAGAGGAUUUCGUUCCUAAGAUGUAUUAAUGUAUUAAUUAUUAUGGAUAAAACGCUGUAGUCAUUUACCACUGAUCGCCAAACGAAGACCAGCUCAAACAAGGUUUCCCCCAGACCUAAACAGAAGAUGAGCUUCGAGGCAAAGCGAUGUGGAGUGCAGUUCUCCCCUCCCUCUAUAGUUUUAAUAUAUCAACACACGGAAACCAAAAAGUUGAGAAAAAGAAUCAUACCUGUGCGGAACUUCUCAAAGUACUCCGACUAUAGCAUGGCUGCUGAAAGGCUGAAGAACCACCCUAGGCACAGGGACUACCUGGAGGGGGUGUCUCAGAGCCAGCUAGAGAAACUUCACAUCAUUCUGCGAGAUCACAUGCAGGGCUUCAGCCUGGAGCACAGCCUGGCCUCAUUCCACUUCAACCCUGAUGAGGACUUGAACAAACUGGAUGAUGAGGAGUUGGCUCGCAAGAAGGGCCAAAUGGACAAACUGUUUGAGAAGAACCGCAAGCACAAAGAUGAUCCUGACUUUGUUUAUGACCUGGAAGUGGACUUUGGCAAGACCACACAAGAAAAGUGCAGUUGGGAUGAUGAGUCUGAUGAUGGAUUUUAGAACUGUUCGACAGUGCUUUCCCACACUUUCUCCAAAUCACUAAAGACAGUUUUUUUCCUGCUUACCACCAGUGAUAUCUGGCUAAUUUUGACAUCUCCACUGUUCUGUUCAACCCCAAAACAAUGGAAGUGAAAAGAUGCCAUUCAAGCCAAUCAAAAAAGCAGCACAGAGUCUCCAGAAUCAAUAUGUUGGUUAUUCUGAAUUAUCCACUGAUCUUGCUGUCGAUACUUCUCAGUUUUUGUGCUUUGUUAGAAAAUAUAAAUUGUCAGUGAAAUCAGCAAGGUCUUCGUGGUAAUAGGGAGACGACAGUAGUUUCUACAUGGUUAGAUAUCAUUCGGUAUACAUGAUUUGUGAAUUACAUGAAACCUGAGAAAUGUUUGUGACUGUCCUGUGGUCCUUUUACACACAUAGCAAGUUCCACUUCAAACUGCAACAAAAGAAAUAAUGCAUUAGUAAUAGCGUAUAUUUAUUUGGUAUAAAAUACUGAAU